UGUCUCAUUGUCGAUCGUUUUCGAACUAAGCCACACUAUUAUCGCUGCACCUGCCAGUUUGAUCACCCUUCCACGUCAAGAACCUUCACAACUCCAAAAGAAACACACUCAAGCAUCACAAUGGCCGCUACAUCCGAGGGCAUCACCCUCAGUCUGCCUUCCAAAUACAGCUCCUCUCCGCCGGCUGCGACCUCCGCACCGACACUGGAAUGGCUCGCCACGACGUGGACCGUCACGCACUCAACCCUCUCCAUGUGGCGCUCCGCGCGCAACGUCCGCAUCACGUACAACCGGCUCCCGGCGAACAACAACGGCGUCGCGCGGCUUGACGACCUCGUCGAGUACGAGCCCUCCAACAAAGAAGGCGUGCUCAAGUCGGUGGCGGGAAUCGACACGCAAGUGCCCGGCGGCAGCGCGUGCAGCUGGAACUGGCGCGGCAAGGGCAUGCUGCUGAUGAUCACGAGCCACUGGGAGGUUCUGGGCUGGGGCGAGGCGACGACGGCCGAGGGCGUGAAGGAGCGGUGGGCGGUGACGUGGUUUGCGCCGACGCUAUUCACAUCCGAGGGCCUAGACGUGUACUGCGAUCGCGAGGAGGGUUUGAGUGCCGAGACCUACACCGCCGUGCUGAAGGCGCUGGGGGCGUUGGGCGCGGCGUCGUUGGUGGCGAUGGUGGAAAAGGAUAUGAAGCCCGUUGAAAUUCGCCUUCCGCGGGUCGCGGCUUGAUUCAUGGCUGCGUACGGACAGGCUAAGAUGAUGGGAUGAUAGGUGUGUCAAGUUGGGAUGUCAUGUUUCAUGCGCCGGCCGAGGAGCUUGGCCUAGGUACACACCAGGGCAGCACUUUACUUGUUUCGAUUCCAUG